UCGAGCAGAGCAUCUCGACGCCCCCACUGCAGAAGCUCCGUUGAGCUCUUUGUGUAGCAGUCGUCAUGAGUCGACUUGUACAGAUUGCGCAGCGCUCCAACAAAGCCCCCGUGGGGUUCAAGGUGCAACUUGUAGUGCAUCGCCUGAAUGCAAACUUGGCACUCAAGCACAACUCCGAGCUGGUCGCUGUCAUUAUGGGUCGAAAGAAGAAGAUCCCCACGAAGCCUGCACCGUACCAACCAGCGGACCCCGGGGAUGACGGAUCGUUGAGACGGUUAAACGGAUCGAGAGCAGUUCAGUCGUCACAGUCAAGAAGUGGAGACACCGGUGAAGUGAUUUGGGGUGACAUGGUCGCCUUCUCCAGCACACUCUACAUGGCCAAAUCGGGUCUCUUCCAAGCCAAGCGCUUCCAGAUCCACGUCAGCACAGCAGGCGAAAACGGUAGGACAGUUGCUAUAUUCGAAUUCGAUUUGGCCGAACUUGUCCCUCUUUCCAAAGAUUCGGGCAAGGAAAGCGUUCGUUUGAACACCACCAAGUGUCCUGAUGACCCCCGAGCUUGCAUCUCGCUCACCGUCGUAAGCUCACGUGUGAACCGGGAUGGAACGGGCCAGGACAAGGAAAGAUCAUACAUGGACGACAGUGCCAGCGAAAUAGGAUCGGAGAUGUCGGCCUACACGAGCCACAGUCGAGCAUCGUCGUUGGCUUCAAACUGCCGCCGUAACAUCGAAGUGCCCAUCCCAGAGCAUAUUGGAGACGGAAAAGCUGAUGUUAUUCGCGUCGCGGGACACCCAGCGUCAUCGGAAGAAGCAUCAGCAGCGACUGACAAUGCACGUGAUGAACUGGUGAAAGCUCUGCAGAACCUUGAGGCUCAGCUUCGCGAGAGUGAGGCUGCCAACGUGAAGCUUGAAACUACAAUUGAGCAAAAAGACAGAGAAAUCGACCGCCUUACGAGGAUGGCAGCAGGUCUUGGUGGGUCGAGCUCGGAAGCUGAAGAUGGGGUGAUGCAGGUGGACUUCCUCGUCUACAUGACGCUAAAAGAACAGUAUGAUGCGUUAAAACUUCACCACGAGAGCUGCCAGACUGCUACAAAGGAGAUUGUGGAUGCUCACCCUGCUACCGGAAUGUACACGAUCGCUGAUGAUGUUAAGGAUGAUGCCUCCGAAGCUUCCUCAGCUAACGAGUACAUGGACGCAGAGGAACCGCACUUGGUCGCUGAGGUUAAUGCCCUCAAGCGGAUGCUUGAGUCGCAGCGCAGCGAAGCACACCAGCUUAAUAUCACUAUCAAGGAGCUGACAUUGUCAAAUAGCGAGCUGGAGACUCAGCUUCGUGACCUCCGAGCUACGAUCAAGCAAAAGGACGAGGAAUUACAGGAGUCCACAGCAGCUUUACAACGGGCCGAAUCUGUGCGCAAUGAGGUUAGUGACGACUCUACAGACGCUGAAGCACAAGCUGCGCUGGAGACUGCUCUGAGCGACAAUAAACGGCUAGAGAAACAGCUACUCAAGUUUGAUGGUGCCAUGACUGAGUUGGAGGAGGAGAAGGCGAGGUUGAUGAUCCAGCUGCGGGAGGCAGAGAUGGCGAGUGCCGUUGCCCAAGGGGAGAUUAUUAAGGUGCAGAGUGCUCUCGAUCGGCUCGAAAGCAAGAGUCAAACGCUGUCUACUCAGCUGCAGGAGGCUGACCAAGCACGUGAACAAGCUGAGGAGAACAUUGUAGCGGCUGAGGCCACAAUCGAUACAUUGCAGCAACAGGUCCGUGACGUAUCAACGCAGUUGCACGAGACACAACACGAGCUCGAAACGCUACGUGAGAACCAGUUGACUGCGAGCUCAGUAGCACUUGAGGAGGCUAUGGCCAAGCACCAGGCGCUGGAGCGGGUAUGGGAAGACGUGAAGACAGAGAACGAGCGACUUCAAGCCCGCGUCGAGGAGCUCGAGUUCCGUUUGGCGCAGUCCGAAGCCAACGGUGAAGAGAAGACGGCAGAGUUGCAGGCGCAGGUGGUCAAGGUGAAGCGCGAGGCGGACGCACUGCGCGAAGAGCUCGAAUCUCUGCGUGCUUCUAAGACGUUGGUCGAGAACGAGUCGCUGGAGCGCGAGCACAAGCUCCAGGAGGCGACUGAGACUCAUCGUCGCAUCUCAGUGGACCACGAUGAGCGUCUCAGCUCCGAAGUUAUGGCGCGUGAGGAGCUGCUCACACGCUUGCAAGAACAAAUGCAACAGACCGAGAAGAUGUCAGCAGAGCUGAGUGCCAAGGUGGUGACGCUCCAGCUGGAGCUGGAUUAUUUCCAAGGCGAGCUUAUCGAGAACAAGAUGAAGGUGGCACAACUCACACAGGACAACGACGACCUAGCUAUCCGCAACCGCCGCCUCGAAAAGGAGCUUGCUGCGAACACGAAGAAGUAGACGCUAUGAUAGCGCCUAUCCAAUAACUUCAACUCUCACGAUUGGCAAAUGUAGCCAUGUGUCAAUGGUCAUCAAUGAUGACUCAUACCACACAUCUGGGACACUAAUGAAGUUGUGUUUAUCACACGAGAUUA